AUGAGUUCUACGAAGUCUCUACAGUAUGAAGUUCUCGUGUAUCCUCCAACGGAGCAAUCGGACGCGAUGACCUCUUUUAAUUCGGUUCAUCAACGAUUACAAACUCAACUCAGGAGGUUUUCGUAUGACAGGGAAAAUAUGCAGCAAUACUGGAUCCCCGAUGGAUUUCGCCCUGUGCUGGUUCAUCGCAAUCAGCUAAGGACCAGUUUAGCUGUUAAUGACCAUAACGACUACCAGUUUAAUGUUUCCGCAACCACUUCGGAUACAACUUUACGACCGAAACGACAUCUUAUCUCGAGUUCUUCGAAACCCAACAGAACGUCAUCAGUAACUUUCAAUGCCACCGCCCUAUAUUAUAAGCUAAAAUGUAAAGAAUUAAUGGAUAAAGGCAUAAUCAAAAGUCCCCCGAUUUAUCCUCCUUCGAAAAUCAUUGGGAAAAUGUGGAACGAAGAACCAGAACAUGCAAAAAGAUAUUAUGAAAGACUUGCCCAUAAGAUAAAAAAACAUCGAUUAGCUCAUUUCAAACGAAGAGACGUUGCAUGUUCCUCAACGCGUGCUGAUCACAUUCAGCACCAACAACUUACUGCCCCAAUAACAAAUGAUCUUAUCGUCUUAUCCAAAAACACUGUUCCUCAAUCUUCCUCUGAGGACCGUCACGUACUCGAAAUCAUCAGGCAAAAAAGUUCGACCGAAUUUUUCGCCAAUACUCUACGAAUGUCAUGA